GCACUCACACACACACACACACACAGAGACACACGGUCCCUCCCGCCCCCGGUGCUCGGGGCGGUGCUGAGCGGCGGAGCGGCGGCGGGGAGCCAUGCUCUCGAGGAAGGGGAUCAUCCCCGAGGAGUACGUGCUGACCCGGCUGGCGGAGGAUGUGCCGGAUCACGCCCGGUACCGCGCGCGGGAGAGGCGGGCGCGUUUCGUGGGCAAGAACGGCGCCUGCAAUGUGGCCCACAAAAAUAUCCGGGAGCAGGGACGCUUCCUCCAGGAUGUCUUCACCACGCUGGUGGACCUCAAGUGGCCACACACGCUGCUCAUCUUCACCAUGUCCUUCCUCUGCACCUGGCUGCUCUUCGGCAUGGUCUGGUGGCUCAUCGCCUUCGCCCACGGGGACCUGGACCACAGCACGCGGCUGCAGCGGGACCCCGGGGAGGGGGUGGGUGCCCCAGCCAACUUUGUGCCCUGCGUGACCAGCAUCCACUCCUUCACCUCCGCCUUCCUUUUCUCCAUCGAGGUGCAGGUGACGAUCGGCUUUGGCGGGCGCAUGGUGACGGAGGAGUGCCCGGCCGCCAUCCUGGUGCUGAUUGUGCAGAACAUCGUGGGGCUGGUGAUCAACGCCAUCAUGCUGGGCUGCAUCUUCAUGAAGACCUCGCAGGCCCACCGACGGGCCGAGACCCUCAUCUUCAGCAAACACGCGGUCAUCGCCCUGCGGGAGGGCAAGCUCUGCUUCAUGCUGCGCGUGGGCGACCUCCGGAAGAGCAUGAUCAUCAGUGCCACCAUCCGCAUGCAGGUGGUGAAGAAGACCGCCAGCCUGGAGGGGGAGGUGGUGCCCCUCAACCAGAUCGACAUCCAGAUGGAGAACCCCGUGGGGGGCAACAGCAUCUUCCUCGUCUCCCCACUCAUCAUCUACCACGUGAUAGACAAGAACAGCCCCCUCUAUGACAUUUCCCCCAUGAACCUUCACCACCACGAGGACCUGGAAAUCAUUGUCAUCUUGGAAGGGGUGGUGGAGACCACAGGCAUCACCACUCAAGCCAGAACCUCCUACCUGGCAGACGAAAUCCUCUGGGGCCAAAGGUUUGUGCCCAUUGUGGCAGAGGAAGAUGGGCGAUACUCUGUGGAUUACUCUAAAUUUGGCAACACAGUGAAAGUGCCCACCCCUUCUUGCACUGCGAGGCAGCUGGAGGAGGACAAGAGCAUUAUGGACACCAUGACAUUGUCCCCUAAAAGCACAAUGAGGAGGAGGUCUGUCAAGCUAAAACCCAAGUUUACCAUAAGUGAAGAGCCUUCCUGAUGCCUUCUGACUGGAAAACUCUGUUAGGGCUUUGUAUCUGAAAGAUGAUCUCAUGAACUCAAAACACUGAGGUGGCCUCUUACUUUUUUUUAAAUUCAGGUUGGUAGCACAAGGUAUGUUCUGGUAUUAUUUAUUGUGGGGAAAUCUAAAGCUAAUUAUAUUUUUUUAAAGAUGUGAGAGAUUUCAAGCAGAACUGGGUGUAGGAAAAUCAUGGUCUGCAGCUUUAAAUUUCAAGUCAGACUAUUUAAUUGCACGAUCAUUCUGCAUUUAUUCAACUGCAGGUAAUAACACAUUUUCUCAAAAAAUAAAUGUGUAUUUAUCCUCAGACAUUGCAGUUUUUAGGGUCUUGCAGUGUUCGCAAGUCAGUAGUUUUUAACUGCUUUUUUUUCUUACUUGAACAAUCAAUAUAGCAAAAUAAAAUAUUAAUAAUUAAUAAAGUAGGCUGGAUUUAAAUUAUAACAAAAGGGUCAGACAAUGUUAUGUAUGACAGAAGACCAGAUCCGGAAGUGUCUAUAUAUUAUACUCUAUGUCUCAAAGAAAUAUACUGCUGGAUUUGCAUCAUCCAUAUUGUGUUGUAUGGAGCCACUCCUACCAGAUGCAAUAUGAAAUGUAUUUGAAUAUUUACCUUUGUUUAUUUUAAAAACCUUUACACUUCCAAAAUAAAACAUUCAGGAAUACCUAUUUGGACUGUACAUUUCUGAUAGUAAGCAAUACUUUGCCUUUAAAAAGAGUAACAGAUAAUAUACAGUUGAAAUUAAUUAUAAGUCAGAAAAAUUCUGUAUUUCAAUUUCUACAUGAAGAGAAGCAACAUUCCCCUCUGUCCAAGCCACAUGGCAAUAGGAUACUCAGUAAAAAAAUUAACCUCUCUUGGGUCAUGGUGAAUUCUGCUAGAUAAUCAGGGAAUAAAAAUAGAAUUUGAUAUUUUAAAUGAAAGGGCAACGCUGAAUGCUGAAAUUAUAUCUGCAUACAGUAGGCAAAACCUUUCACUCCUUUCCCUUUUAUAAAAGAAGCUGAGGUUUUUGUGCUUAGGGGAGGGAGGGGAGGGAGGGAUGUGUAAAACAGUGUGGUCACUUCUGGGAUGCUGUGUCACAAAAUAUACUCCUGCUGAGGAAACGA